GGCCCCAAUCAUAGGGCCAUUAAGCUCAUGACCCACUCCAAUCCCAACCCACAUUGAUUUGUUUCAGCUCAGUCCAAUCCGGUCCGAUCCUAGAAGUCACACCGUUCUAAUCCCACUCGGUCCUUUUUGAAUCCACGGGCUCUCAAGCAAGCACUCGAGGGCUCUCACAAGCGAGGACGAAAAAGAUUGGAAUUCUCUACCUGCAGCCUGCAGGUGUGCUCAACUUCUCGAUCUGCAGUACGUACGCGCAGCGCAGGCCCAGCUGAUUGCGCCAUGGAAGAUCAUCAUCAUCAUACAGCAACGAUUGCGCACACGUGGUUGGCGGCGAUGGCGAUCGCCGUGCUCCCUAUCCUCUCCGUCCUGAUUCUGGCUGCCACCAAGCAGAUGGGAAGAACCGUCUUCGCCCCUCCCAAGCGCCGAGAGCCGCCGGUGGCGGAGGGCGCUCCUCUCCUCGGCGUCCUGCCUGCCAUCCUCACCAGGAGCUUGCAAGGCGUGAUCUGCGACCAGUACUUGAAGCUCGGCAGCGUGUUCACGCUGAGCUCCUUGGGAGUGAAGGUGACGUUCCUGGUGGGCCCCGAGGUGUCCGCCCACUUCUUCCAUGCCGCCGAGUCGGAGAUCAGCAUCGGCGACGUCUACAAGGUCACCGUCCCCAUCUUUGGCAAAGGGGUCGGCUAUGACGUCGACAACGACACGCGCAACGAGCAGCACAGGUUCUUCGCCGACACUUUGAGGCCGGCCAAGCUCAGGAGCCAUGCCCGUCUCAUGGUCCGCGAGGUGGAGGAGUACUUCGCCAGGUGGGGGCAGUCCGGCACGGUCGAUCUGAAGCAACAGGUUGAGGACGUUCUCUUGCUGAUUGCGAGCCGGUGCCUGCUGGGGAAGGAGGUUCGGGAUCACAUGCACGACGAGGUGUCCUCGCUCCUCCGCGAGCUUAUCGGCGGCCUGCACCUAGUGAGCCUUUUCUUCCCGUACCUGCCGACCCCGGCUCACCGCCGCCGCGACCGAGCGCGCGCCAGGCUCGAGGAGAUAUUCUCCGGGAUCGCCAGGCUGCGCAAGAGCUCAUGCUCAUCCGGCCGCGGCGCCGGGGACGACGGCGACCGCGACCACGACAUGCUGCAGGGCCUGCUAGACUCCAGGUACAGAGACGGGCGCGGCACGACCGAGGCGGAGGUCACCGGCCUGCUCGUGGCGCUGCUCUUCGCCGGCCAUCACACCAGCGCAACGGUCACGACCUGGACCGCGGCGCGCCUGCUCCGCCACACAGAGUGGCUGCACGCAGCCACUGAGGAGCAGAGGCUGCUGCAGAGGAACGAUCAGAACGACGCUGCAGCCAUCGACUACGACGUCCUGCUCCGGAUGGACGUCCUCCACCGCAGCGUCAAGGAGGCGCUGCGGCUGCACCCGGUGACCCCAAUGAUCCUCCGCCGCGCGCGCAGGCCGUUCACCGUGCGCACUCAGGACGGCUCCGAGUACGAGGUCCCCGAGGGGCGCAUGCUGGCGAGCCCGCUGGUGGUGAAUAAUCUGCUCCAGGGCAUCUACAGGGACCCUGAUGUGUUCGACCCGGAUCGCUUCGCCGCCUGGAGGGAGGAGGACAGGGUCGGCGGCGACCUCGCCUACACCUCCUUCGGCGCCGGGAAGCAUGCCUGCAUGGGCGAGGGCUACGCCUACCUGCAGAUCAAAGUGAUACUGAGCCAUCUCCUCAGGAACUUCGAGCUCCGGCUGCUUUCUCCCUUCCCGGAGACGGAGAACAUGAUCUCCAUGAGGCCCAAAGGUGAAGUCAUGGUGAGCUACAGGAGACGCUCUCUGCUGCAGUAGUGCACUUGCUUGACAAGUCAAUAAUAAGCGAUGCAGUGAACGGACUUUUAUUUGUUGAGCCGCAAAUUAGUCAGGGAAUUGCAUGGUUUGCAAAAAUAACACUACUAUAUCCUAAAAGUCACGAGUUGGAAAAUAUAAAAGAGAGUCUUCAAUAGUUUGGUUAAGCAACUCUUCUCGAUUUUUUUAGCGCGGCUUAAGAAAAAUGCCCUAGCCGGUUAGGCCUUAUUUAGAAGCAAGAUACCGGAGGGGAUUUUAGGAUAAUCUAUCUGAGAUCGUGGCCACCUUCGAAGGGUGUAAGGAGAGGGAAUUAGAAAAACGAUUUUGACGACUGUCAUUCAUAUAACGAAGAAUUCAGCACACAGACAACGAACUUGCAGUAGAUAAUGAACCCAAAAAAAAAAAAAAAACUGGACGAGAAAACACAAAGCUGACGAAAUGGAGUCGGCUGUGAAGGAAACCUUGGUGCCAUUUGUUUUCCGUUUGAGGUACGAGAUCUUGCUAGCUUCUUCCUCUCCGUGUGCACGGAACGGAAGUGAGCAGAGGAAGCAACCUCUGCAACGGAGGAAACCACAUUCGAGCAGCCACCUGAACCUGGCUGUAAUCUAUCACCCGAGAUUCCUUUCUUCCCUCGAAAUGGCAACGGCAGGAACCGAUCCUUGCCCGCCGUCUAGGAGAGAAAAACUCGCAUCAUAAGAGGCGGAUCCCCCCAUCGCAAGCUUCAGCGGCGGAUCGGAGAACUCAAUCGAGCUAGGAUCGCAGCAGCACCGAAGCAUUUGCCGAUCAUCAGUUCUUCCAUCCAGGUACGUACGUGAAGUUCGUUCGACUCAUAAUUAGUUUCCCCUUGCCAAUGUAUGUAUGUAUGUAUCUAGCGAAACUCCAGUGCAGACCAACCAAAUUAAACACAGCAUGCAAGGGAUCACGAAGGCGCUGCGGCUCCACGGGAGGCAGCUGAGGCACGCGGUCCUGCAGCACAUGAACAUGAACAAGGGGAUCUUCUCCUGGGCCACCCUGAUCUCGCGCAUACAGAGCGAGUCGCCAGCCGUGAUCAUACCGCACAUGGGGCUCGAGAACAUCACCGUCAACGAGAUUCUCAGGGCCAAGGGGGAGGCCGAGGCCGGAGCGGUCUACUGGUGCAGCACCGCCCAUCUGGUGCACGAAGCGGUGCAGCACAUGGCGGCACACAACGUUGGAGCUCUCGUGGUUCUCAAGUCGGGGGACAUGAACCAGCUCGCAGGAAUUGUGACCGAGAGAGAUUUUGCCAGAAAGAUCCUCUUGCCAGGGCGACCUUCACAGCAAACAAGGGUAGAGGAUAUCAUGACAGAAGAGGACAAGGUGAUCACGGUGUCCGGUCGUACCAAUAUUCUGCGUGCAAUGGAGGUUAUGACAGACAAGCGUAUCAGGCAUGUUCCUGUUUUCGACGACAAGGUAGUUGGAAUGAUAUCCAUCGGUGAUGUUGUUAGAACAAUCGUGGACCAGCAGCACCAAGAAGUAAAACAGCUCAAGAAGUAUAUCAGAGGAGACUAUUAUUAGAACACUUUUUAAUUAUUAUUUUUUACAUUCGGUGUAUAAACGUAAUUUGGAUGUAAUCGUUUAUAGAUAUUUAACUACAAUGUAUAUUUUUCUCUGCGAAAACAUGGUUGAUAUGUGCCCUUCUGUGUCAA